ACACCGUCAACCUCCAGCCGUCAAACAAGCCCAAGCUCCACAUGGCUCCUCCUGCCUCUUCACCCCCUCUCCACACAUGGCACCAACUUCUGCACUCUUCUCUUCUUCUCUCUCUCACUCCUCUCUCCUUCUCCACAAUUCUAUGCUCAAACGCCUCUCUCUCCGCCGCUUCCUCUCUCAUCCAACCAAACAGCUCUCCUCUCCUCCAUCACCACCGCCCCAAUCUCCCGCCACUCACUUUCCCGCCCUUUCCUCACUGAUUCCCCGCCGACCCUUCUCCACCUCCAAGCUCCUCGCCAUGGCCGAUCACACUUCGAGCAACCUGGCUGCCCCGUCUCACAAGCACUCCAAUCGCCUCGCCGCCGAGCACAGCCCCUACCUUCUGCAACACGCCCACAACCCGGUGGAUUGGUAUCCGUGGGGAGAAGAAGCUUUCGCCGAAGCUCGAAAGAGGGACGUUCCCAUCUUCCUAUCAAUCGGAUACAGCACGUGUCAUUGGUGUCAUGUUAUGGAGGUCGAGUCUUUCGAGGAUGAAGGCGUUGCGAAAUUGCUGAACGAUUGGUUUGUUAGUAUCAAGGUGGAUCGGGAGGAAAGACCAGAUGUUGAUAAGGUAUACAUGACCUAUGUACAGGCUAUGUAUGGUGGUGGAGGUUGGCCACUGAGUGUCUUCCUUUCACCUGAUUUGAAACCUUUGAUGGGUGGAACUUACUUUCCCCCAGACGAUAAGUUUGGAAGACCAGGAUUUAAGACUAUACUUAGAAAGGUGAAAGAUGCUUGGGAUAGCAAGAGGGAUGUGCUUGUUAAAAGUGGAGCAUUUGCGAUUGAACAGCUGUCAGAAGCAUUGUCGUCAAGUGCGAGUUCUAAUAAAUUGCCAGAUGGGCUUCCACAAAUUGCAUUGCGUCUAUGUGCUGAGCAACUUUCCGGAAGCUAUGAUGAAAAGUAUGGUGGGUUUGGAUCCGCCCCAAAGUUUCCUAGACCAGUUGAGGUUCAGCUCAUGCUUUAUUACUCAAAGAAGUUGGAGGAAACUGGGAAGUUGGGUGAGGCAAAUAAAAAUCUGAAAAUGGUUUUCUUCACCUUGCAAUGCAUGGCAAAAGGGGGCGUCCACGAUCACAUUGGAGGUGGCUUCCACAGAUAUAGCGUGGAUGAGUGCUGGCAUGUCCCGCACUUUGAGAAGAUGUUAUAUGAUCAAGGGCAGAUUGCCAAUGUCUAUUUAGAUGCUUUUUCUAUUACCAAAGAUGUCUUUUAUUCAUGUGUUGCACGGGAUGUUCUUGAUUAUCUGAGGAGAGAAAUGAUUGGACCGGAAGGCGAAAUCUAUUCAGCAGAAGAUGCUGACAGUGCUGAAUCUGAAGGUGCUUCAAGAAAAAAGGAAGGAGCCUUCUAUGUUUGGACUAAAAAAGAGGUUGAAGAUAUACUUGGAGAGGAUGCUACUCUUUUUAAGAACCAUUAUUAUAUAAAACCUUCGGGAAACUGUGACCUUUCUAGAAUGAGUGAUCCUCACAAUGAAUUCAAGGGAACGAAUGUGCUGAUUGAGAGAAAAAGCCCUUCUGAAUUGGCACCAAAAUUUGCCAUGCCUGUUGAGAAAUACCUUGAUAUUCUGGGCCAGAGCAGGAAAAAGCUUUUUGAAGCACGAUCUACUCGACCAAGACCACAUUUAGAUGAUAAGGUAAUUGUGUCAUGGAAUGGACUGGCUAUCUCAGCUUUUGCAAGGGCUUCUAAAAUUCUCAAGAAUGAACCCGAUGGGAUCAAAUUUAACUUUCCCGUGGUCGGCUCUGAUCCAAAGGAGUACAUGCAGGUUGCAGAGAGGGCUGCAACUUUUAUCAGGAGAAAGCUUUACGACGAGCAAACUCAUCGACUACAGCACAGCUUUAGGAAUGGUCCAUCUAAAGCACCUGGAUUUUUAGAUGAUUAUGCUUUUCUCAUAUCGGGGUUGUUGGAUCUUUAUGAAUUUGGUGGUCAAACUACCUGGCUAAUUUGGGCAACUGAACUGCAGGACACCCAGGAUGAAUUAUUUCUUGAUAGAGAGGGAGGCGGCUAUUUUAAUACACCAGGGGAAGACCCCAAUAUUCUACUUCGUGUGAAGGAAGAUCACGAUGGGGCUGAGCCAUCUGGAAACUCGGUUUCUGCGAUCAAUCUUGUAAGAUUGGCAUCCAUGAUAGCUGGAAACAAGUCUGAUCAUUACAGGAGGGAUGCCGAUCAUGUUCUUGCUGUUUUCGAGACAAGAUUAAAAGACAUGGCGAUGGCAGUACCUUUGAUGUGUUGUGCAGCAGACAUGCUCACUGUUCCUUCCCGAAAGCAAGUUGUCUUGGUUGGCCAGAAGCAUUCUGUAGAGUUUGAAAACAUGCUUGCCGCCACGCAUGCAUCAUACGACACAAACAAAACAGUUAUUCACGUCGAUCCAGCAAAUUCAGAAGAAAUGCAAUUUUGGGAAAGCAACAAUAGCAACAUUGCUCUGAUGGCAAAGGAUCAUUUUGCUGCGGACAAAGUGGUCGCUCUUGUCUGCCAAAACUUCACUUGCAGUGCUCCUGUGACGGACCCCGGAUCCCUCGAGGCGUUGCUCUCCAGAAGAUCAUCCCCCUCCCCUUCUGCGUGACUGUAAACGGAGUACAAUUUCAACGGAGGAAACUAUGUAUUAAGUACAACAUUCGUCCCGUUUGCGACGGUGCAGGGUAGAGCAUGCAGCAGAGACAUGGAGUCGUACGUGCUGGAGACGAAUAGGUAUUUAUGGUCUGGAAAAUAUGUUGUGCAACAAGCAAAGUACAUAGAAUAUUAUGUCGGGUGUGUUCGAUAUGACGAUAGUGUGUUACGAAUAAAAGUUUUGGGGAAAUAGUUGUGCUGA